UGACAGAUAUCAAAAUAAAAAUAUGUAAACAACAUGUUUUUAUAAGUUUUUUUUUUAUAUUCAAAUAACAACAGGAAGAACAGUUAUUGUUAAUUGUUAUUACUAACGAGUGCAAUGGACGAACUGCGCCAACGAAAUGUUUACUGCAGGCGCAAUCGUGAUGAUUUCCACCAUAGCACCUACAGAAGAGAUUACCGGGGAAGGGGACGAUAUUACAAUAACUAUCCACCACACAGAAAUUACUAUUUGCAUAACAGAAGGAAUUGCAGGGACAGGAAUGAAAGGGUUGCUGCUAGACCAGCAUCUCCUGUGGAGGGGUCUGAAGAGUACCUUAAACGUAAGAUACAAAACACGAGCGCUCUUAUUAUGAGGCACCUUCUCACUCCCGAGGAGGCUUUUCCAAGCAACAACAAAAAAAUCAUACAAAAUGAGGAUACAGAGAUUAUGACCCCAAUGGUGCUGAAAAACCAUCAUAAAAGACAAUCGAAACCGGCUGCUAAGAGAGUGUCUUAUACUGCCGAAGAGAUUCGAGAAAAAAUCAUUGGACAUGUCACAAAACUGAAUGAGGGACGUAAAAAGAACUUUAUCAAUAUGAAUAACAGUUCUGAGCUGGAUAAUGUCUUGAAUCUGAUAAAUAAGCAAAAGAGGCUAGAAAUAUCUGAAUUUUUGAGAAGAAUGAAUCCUAGUUUGAAUAAUGAAGAUGGAAAUGUACCUGUUGUGGCAGACAUUGGAGUGGAAUUUCAAGAUUUGCCCAGUGAUAUUAUUGAAGAGUUGAAAAAGACACUUGGGAUUGAUUUGGAACAGUUUGGGCAUGACUCCCUUGAACCAUUUCAUCCAACACCUGAAUCAGAAUUUCCCGCUAUAACACCUCAUGUACAACAAGAAUCUACAUUACAACAACAGAAUCUAUUUCCUCCACCAGAAUACAAAUCUCCAUCAACAGAUCUUCAACUGCAAUCUACAUUAGAACCAAGCUUACAUGCUACAUCAACAAUCACUAAAAUUACAUCAGUAGACCUAAAUCCUGCAGUCUCAGAUAUCAAAUCUGAACCACCUGAUCUUGCCUCGGAUAAUGUAGAACCUGAACCUAUUAACAUCUGUGAUAAUAAUGAGCAAAUUCCAAAAGAAUCUCAAUCAGACCCUCCACUAGUGGAGAUUAAAGACGAACCUGAUGAUUUAUUUGUUGAAUCAUUUAAUACUCCUGCCAUAAAAGACGAACCAGAUAGUGACAGUGAAUAUGAUAAGAUGACUGUAGUAAAUGAUGACACUCACAGAGAACCAUCUUUAAAAUUCAAUGCUGUAAUGGCCAUAGAAGCAACUAUAAAUACUUUUAUAGACAUUGAUAAAAGAGAAUCAGAUGGUCACUAUAUAAAUUACAAUCAACUAAUUGAUAAAAUCAAAGGGUUUGAAAGGUGCAGCAAACUUCUGGAAGAUUAUAAAAAAGAUUUAAUGGAAGAUCUGUUCCAUAGCGUCAGAAAACUAGAUGAAGAGGAAGGCAGUUAUUAUUAUUCAGAUAACUCACAGGAGAGGGAAUCGGGUGAUUUAUUGAGUGAGACAGUUUUUAGUGAAUCGAACGGGGUCAGUGCCAGAAAGCGGGGUGGAGAACAAGAACAAAAAAGUAGUGAGGAGGUUAAGAAAAUUAAAUUAAAAGCUAUAGAUGAUGAGCCAGAAGUUUGGACUAACAUUAAGGAGGUGGUUUGUGCUUUUACGGUCAUAUAUCGGGCAUCGAAGACUUCGAAUAUCCUCGUCAUGGGCACCGAGUCCGGUAAAGUUCUCAUGGUAAACCUGGAAACGAAUCGAAUCGAACGCACGUUGGCGGUGUUCGAGGGGCCCGUCACCGGUUUUUCAAUAGUCCGUAAGCGGUUUUUGUACGUUGGCACAGCGACUAAACAGCUCAACGUUUACAGUAUUGCGAAAGGCGAUUUGAUUGAGAGCCAACUGAUGUCGAAUCCGAUCCUGUGCAUGUCCCAAGCCCAUGGUUGGAUCUUUAUCGGCUGUAAGAACGGGAGUAUUGUCAAGUUUUGGACUAGGAGCAGAGGAGUCUCCCAGGAACACACCUCCGAGAGCCGCCUGGACAUUUUAGCGAUAAUCGCCAGCAGAGAGGGCCCGAGAAAAAUCCUGAUCGUGGGCCAAAGACGCGGCCCGAUCGUCAUUAGGGACGCGGAAUCGAUGCUUCACUUACGAAACUUCUAUGAUCAACAGGAAGUGGUCUCGUCGACCGUUUACGCCAUGGAAUUCUAUAAUGGAAAAUUGUACUGCGGCACCGCAACGGAUGACAUUUUACAAUUUGAAUUUCAUAAUGCGCAACUGCAGCAUCGCCUUAAAGCCUCCGAAUCUAAAGGGAUCACUUGUAUGCGGCUGCUGCAUAAUAUUUUAUUUGCCGGAUGUUCGAAUGGAAGUGUUUAUGCUUAUAACACUUUGGACACACCAGAACUUUUAAGGGUUUUGGAGGGACCUGGAGGCAGCAUUAAUUCUUUAGCGGUGCUGCCGAAACAUAUUGUAAUAUCCACAUUGGCACGUAAACUCGCAUAUAUUGAGAUCCCUUCAGACGUUUUGGCAGCUAUUUCCUUCGUUACUCCAGUGAAACCCCCAAAGAUACCAGAUUUAAGUUAAGAAAUAAACAGUUGUAUAUUAUAAUUAAAAUGUACAUAAAGGUAGUGUAGAUAUUAAAAUCGGAUCAGAUUUCA